AUGACCUCACAAAGACCCAACGUCACUGAUCCCAAACUCUCACCAGACUCCUCUCCUGACCCUUCGCCUGAUCCUUCACCUUCACCAUCCCCACCUUUCCCAUACUAUUGCUCGCCACCUUCCACACCUCCUCCCGAGACUGACAAUGUCAAUGACAGUUUUGCUCUUCCUCCGCCACUCAUCAAGUUGGAUUUGCUUGUGGAGAAGAGGGAGAAAGUGGUCGUUGCCAAAGAGAAGGUCUCCAAGUCCGAUUCAGCUUCGAAGAAGGAGAAGGAAAAGGAGGAGGAAUAG